GUAUAAAUAUAUCCCGAAUUCUCGUCAAUUUAGAAGAUUAAAAAAAAACUACAAUUUUUAAACUUUCUUAAAAACUUGUUAGAAAUUAUAAACAUACAGAAAUCACUCCGAUCCCUUAAUCAAAAUAUUUGACGCAUAAUGAAAUUUCAUAUCUUUUUAACGCUCGCUAUCAUUUUUUUUGCUACGACUCUUGUACCAGCCACUGAAGGAACUCAUGCUAAAGUUAAAGAAUAUAUGUCUGGCGGAGAAUGUAUGAUUUGGGUUACUGAUGUUAAUGGUAAAUAUGUAGCUGGCGAUAAAAAAUUCCAUUCAUGCGACGACAGAACAACGUUAGAUAUUGAUACAAAAUCAAAUGAUGCAUACUUUCUUUUGGCAACUACAGUUGGUGAAUUAGAAACAGCGCGUCGUGGGCCAUUUGAGGGUGAUACCUGCUUUAUCAUUGAAGGUACUAACUUUAGUUUCAGUUUGAAUCCCUCGGAACUAUGUUAAAAUUGCUACAAACAUAACGAUCAUUUCUCAGUUAUCAUAUUUUUUCAAUAGGAUUUAUAUAGCUAU